UCUCGUUCUUUACCGACUCGAAUAUUUCUUUGUUAUUCUUUGAGUCGGCUUCGGAUCAAGAAAUGGGACGCAAGAAGCGAGUCAAGCCUUCUUCUUCUUGUUCUGCCCCUGCGGCGGCCUAUCCGGCGGCCGUGGGUGUCAAGGCAGCGUUCCCGUCCGCUUCCUCACUCUCCCAUGGGUCCCCCAAUAAGGAAGCAAAGAAAGCAGCAGAUAUGGAGGCAAUCAAGCUCGAUUGCGACCGCGCGUUUGAUGCUUUCCGGCGUGGAAACCACCACAAAGCCCUAAAGCUUAUGAAAAAGUUUUGUUCGAGCUACCCGAACUCUGGUUUUGUUCAUACUCUUCAAGGUACCAUGUAUUACCAACUCGCUCUUACAAUUGCCGAUUCUAGUACCAAACUCCAAUACCUCAAGACUGCAGCGGACUCUGCCUCGCGAGCCACAUUGCUCUUACCCGAGAAGAUGGAUUCCGCUCAUUUCUUUGCGCAUUUGCUCUAUUUGACGUCGGAGAAAAAUGAUGGAUACCAAGAAGUUGUGCGAGAGUGUGAAAGGGCGUUGUCAAUUCCACUGGAGAAGGCUAGUUUACUUGUGGGGCGGAAUCAAUUAGAAGGGUCGAUUCUCAUGGCACAAAUUUCAGAACUUCAAGAGGGCCUGCGGUCACUGAUUGGAAUGUCAAACGAGACCAUGAAUAACGGUGUGCAUUUGGAUUUGGAAGCUAAGUUUAUGUUGGUUCCUUUUUCCGAUCUUUUGAAAGAGAGUAAGUUGCUUAGUUUAAAAUAUUCUGAGGAUGGUAUGGAAUCGAAAGAUCUUGAGGAAAGAGAGAAGGAGAUUGAGGCUAAGAUUCAAAAAACAAAGCUUUUGGAGAACUUGCGGGUAUUACCAGAAUGGCAAACAGAGGAAGCUAGUCUGCAAAAUUAUCUGAAAGAUGGAGUGCCUGAGUCGUCUUCCAGAUCUUCUUACAAACAAGAAAAGAUAAAAAGGGUCUCAAAUCUUAAAAAGAUGAAGGAAUCGGCACGUAUGAUGCCUUAUGUUGUGAUGUAUUGGGACUCGAUCAGUUUUGAUCAGAAGAGGAGAUUGCUCAAUGUGAGAAUUGGGGAUCUAAUAGAGUAUUUUGGUUCAAACGAGUAUGUUGAGGAAGCGCUGAUUUUCUGUGAAGCCAUGAGUUUUGCAAAGGAUAACAAGAGCUGGAAGUUUUUGGGAUGUUGUUUUUGCAGUCAGAGAUUUAAGGAAUUAACACCUUAUCUGAAACAUCUUGAGGUGCAGCAUCUGCGGAAUGUUAAGGUUUUAGCACCCGAGAUGAUGUCAAUGUUACCACUAGAACUUAAUAGUUAUUGGGUUGACAUGCUAUUGAAGGAUAGGUGGAAGCCAGUGGACACUUCUGCAGCUCUGAAAAUGAUUGAAAGUGGCCCGAAAGGCGAGUUAUCUUGUACUGUUGGUGGUGACAGAGAGUCCCAUGGAGGGGAGGUUGGUGGUGAUGAAAAUAUCAAGGAAGUUGAUGGAGAAAAAGGGUUGCCUGAUGCCUUCCCUUUCGACCAUAACUGGCCAUUAUCUUAUGAUUCUGAGCGUGCAGGGAUCCUUUCGAAAAUCCAUAUCAUGUUCAAAUUGUUUUUUAGACACAACUAUCUCUCUGAAAGACUUCUUAAGGUGUUGAUUAAAUACUCCUUGGAAAAGCUGCAGACCCUUGUUCCAGAAUUGGAGCCUCUAAUUCAAGGACUGGACCAAACACCUUUGUGCCUCUGCUUUUUGCAAGUUCCUCAGCUCAAAUAUGUCUAUCAUUAUUUGGAGGAUUUGGUUCGUCUUUGCAGGUUAGAUUUUCGUUCAGAGAAGGAUGGGUCCGUGGCUGAGACGCCCACGGGAGGUUUUGACAUCAAACACAGGAUUGGUCUUUCUAGUGAAUCAGUAUCUCUCCUUUUGGAUGAACACUCGAAUAGGGGAGCGGUUGAUUUCUUCACUUAUCAUGACAACAUUUCUGAUGAUGCUUCUUCAGUAGCUUUUACUGUUGAUAAUCUUGAAGAUGAUGCACUUCCAGGCAGUGAUUCUUUAGUAGCUUGGAUAUUCGGGGGUCCUUCAAAUGAACAACAAUUGACAUCAUGGGCUCGUGCAUUACAAGAGAAAAAACAUCAAGCGAUAGACAUUUUGAGUAUCCUUGAGAAGGAAUUUCCUGAAUAUAAAAGCUUGUGUGAUAGUAAAUGUAUUCAUUUACGUCAAGAAGAAGCAUUUCAGGCAGUCGAGAAUAUCUUGGCCGAGGAAUUCACAAAGAGGAGGGAAAACUUGGAGUUUGUCCCGCAAGGUUAUGAGGUCCUCUUGAAGAAGCGGCAAGAAGAGCUUGCUAGGACGUCUAAUGAUGUGUUUGGCAAUGAUGCUGCUGAGUUCACUUUCAUAUCGAAGGUUCUUAAAGAAGUAGAAGCUCUGAAUCUAAGAGUAGCCGGUGGGACUUCUCAUUUAUCUGAUCAGGAAAGUGAUCAGGAAGAUGAAAGCAAGACGUUCGAAGAUCUGCUUGAGCAGGACAGUUUGUUAGAAAUGGCAGUCCAAGAUCAGAAAGAAGAGGUGUCUUUGAAGCUUUGCGAAAUUGACACUAGUCUCAUGCGGUGUGUUGGUGUUAUGCGGAAUCUGGAAUCCAAACUUGGGAAAAUAUCUGUUAUUGACUACCGGUCAAUUCUUUGGGUGAUCCUAACGUCAUUCCUUCGAGACCACUUGGAGGAUCUGGCUAGAAAAUAUGCCACAGAGAAGUCUGAUGCUGUAGGACGAGCACUUUUAUUAGAGGCUGCCCUUGAUACCCAAAAGAAUAUUAAUACAGCUGAUGAUAAUACAAAGAAAACACAGAAAAAAUCAAAGAAAAAGAAAAAGAACAAGUCUAGUAGAGAUGCUAAGGAUUCAAAGGCCACUGGUGGUAUCGAGCAGCUUCUUAUAAGUGAUUCUCCAAAAUCCGAGACUGCUGCUGCAUUGAAACAACAGGAAGAGGAAUCUAGGCCUCAUGAACUUGAGCUUCAAGCACAGGAGACAUGGCUCGAAGAACAAUAUCAUGGUACAGAUUUGGAUGAACAAGUUUCCCCACACUCAGUUAAUCAAAAUGUGGAAUUGAAACAACUGGGAGAGGAAUCUAGGCAUCAUGAACUUGAGCUUCAAGCACAGGAGACACAGCUCGAAGAACAAUAUCAAGGUGCGGAAUUGGAUGAACAAGUUUCCCUACACUCAGAUAAUCAGAAUGAGGAAUUGAAAGAACAGGAAGAGGAAUCUAGGCGGAAUGAACUUGAGCUUCAAGCACAGGAGAGAAAGCUUGGAGAACAAAAUCGAGGUGUGGAAUUGGAUGAACAAGUUUCCCCACACUCAGUUAAUCAAAAUGUGGAAUUGAAACAACUGGGAGGGGAAUCUAGGCAUCGUGAACUUGAGCUUCAAGCACAGGAGACACAGCUCAAAGAACAAUAUCGAGGUGCGGAAUUGGAUGAACAAGUUUCCCUACACUCAGAUAAUCAGAAUGAGGAAUUGAAAGAACAGGAAGAGGAAUCUAGGCAGAAUGAACUUGAGCUUCAAGCACAGGAGAGAAAGCUUGGAGAACAAAAUGGAGGUGUGGAAUUGGAUGAACAAGUUUCCCCACACUCAGAUAGUCAGAAUGUGGAAUUGAAACAACAGAAAGAGGAAUCUAGGCGUCUUGUACUUGAGCUUCGAGCAAAUGUGAGAAAGCUCUUGGAAAUUUUGGAGGAUCAAAGGCAAAUUGAGAGUGGAGGUAGACAGAAGCAACUUACUGGACAAAGUCGAAAUGCCGAAUUGGAUGAACAAGUUUCCCCAUUCUCAGAUUAUCAGAAUUUGGAAUUGAAACAACUGAAAGAGGAAUCUAGGCGUCUUGAACUUGAGCUUCGAGCACAGGAGAGAAAACUCGAAGAACAAAAUCGAGGUGUGGAAUUGGAUGAACAAGUUUCCCCACAACCAGAUAAUCAAAAUGAGGAAUUGAAACAGCAGGAAGAGGAACUUGAGCUUCAAGCACAGGAGAGAGAGCUUCAAGAACAAAUUGGAGGUUCGGAAUUAGAUGAACAAGUUUCCCCACACUCAGAUAAUGAGAAUGUGGAAUUGAAACAACAGAAAGAGGAAUCUAGGCGUCUUGAACAAAGUGGAAGUGCGGAAUUGGAUGAACAAGUUCACCCAAGAAAAUUUACAGGGAGGACUGACACGCUUCCAGAUUCAAACAGUAGCAUCUCAUCCAGCAAUAAAGAAAAACCUCAUCCGGACUUGUCAGUGGGUGAAUAUAAAGAGCCUAAAGUUUUGGCAGGAUUGCCUGGUGGGAGAACUUCUGAAGACAGUGUUUUGUCUCCUGAUCAAAGGGGAUCACAAUGCACAUUCGACGACAUGAAUGCAUCAGAUGUACAUGGGACUAGUCUGAAAAAAAGUCUUGCUCAAUACGAUUGCUUCUUAGAUGUGAUCAUAACGUCACUUUGGCAUUUGAGAUGGUUCCGAUUUGAGUUGCAACGAAGAACAAAAAUCCCUCAUGCUCAUGCUGGAAACCCAUGUGUUUUCUGUUCAUUAUGCAAUACUUUUACAGUCUUAAGUCUCUCACCAGUAUGUUGGAAAAAAGAUGUUGUUGCUCCAUGCCUUGCAAAGAUGGCUUUGAGUGACUUGUACCCUGAUAAUAUUUUCUUCCAGGAGGCACAAACAAAUGAUGUUAUUUCAAUCUUGGUUGGAAUUUUUGACUGUCUUCAUCAGUCAUUUUCUGCGCCAGGAGAAAAAUAUAGCGGAGAAAAUUGGGAUUGUACAUCGGAUGAGUGCUUAGCACAUACUAUCAUUGGAAUGAACCUUUUGGAAAGAAUAAGCUGUUGCUAUUGCGGUCUUGAGUCUGGGAAUGAGCAGUUUACUUCAUUUCUUCGCAUGGUAGAUGAGAGUAAACUUAGAAGAAUGAAGGCUAUGCACAUGGAUAGCUCAUUUGACAAGCUUUUGAAGCUUGUAAAUGCAAGUAGUCUAUUCCCUUGUGAUCGAGAGGCAGGAGGCUGUGGGAAACUCAAUCCUACUCAGCAUUUUCUUUCGAGUCCUCCUCAUGUGUUCAUAACUGUUAUUGACAGGAAGAAUGGUCAUGAGCGCGUGGCGGAUAUAUCAACAACAUUGGCUGCUUUGUCUACUAAGAUAGAUCUUGGUAUCCUAUAUGAAGGUUUAGAUGAAGGGAACGCGCAUUACCUCAUUUCUUUGGUUUGUUUUACUGGGAAAAAUUAUCGGUGCUUUGCUUACCGUCACGAGAUUGAAAAAUGGAUUAUGCUUGAUGAUGAAGAAUGUAAGGUCAUUGGUUGUUGGGACGAUGUUAUUACCGUUUGCAGAACAAGGAAUUUACAACCUCUGAUUCUUUUCUUUGAAGAUGAAAUGCAGAUUUUUUAAGGGAACUUCUUUACUGUUCCACUACAGAACUGGCAUUGUUGUUGUUAGAGACAUUGUUCGAGGGAGAAAACAUUUUGUUUUAUUGGCAAAGUUUGUUCCAUUGUGGGAAAAAAAGGAGAGAAAAUUAGAGAACCUGCUGAGCAGUUGUUGAUAAACUUCAAGAAGCCCAAGCAUGUAUACUACAGAUUUCCUGGUUUUCCUUUGCCUCUGUUCUUUUUGGUAUUUUUUUCUUCUAUGGAUUGAGAAAAGGUAGUUUGGUCGAAAGCCUAGCCAAAAGGAAGUCGCCCAGCAUAAGUGCACAGGAAGAACUUCUCAAGUUUACUUCUCAAUAGCAAUGAUAAGAGUAGAAAAUUACAUCUUCAUGCUAAAUGGAUAAUGAAAGUUUUGACGAGAGAAAAAAAUAGAAUGGGGGAAGAAAGUAAAUGUCUUUAGGUACUUCGUCUUUGGGAUAUGAUUCUCUUACUGCAACUGCUCUUAGAAAAUGUUUUCAUUGUUUUGAAUUGGAUCAUGUCCAGCAAUACAAGACCAUGCACCUAUUGGAAUAUGCCAAAAAGGAAACAACAAAAAUUGAAAACUACAGAGGGGAGGAACUGAGUAAU